CCGACAAUAACUCAGCAGUCCCCAAAGGAUUACAUCAUUGAUCCACGGGAGAAUAUUAUAAUUCACUGCGAGGCCAAGGGGAAGCCACAUCCCAGAUUUUCCUGGACCAAAGAUGGGACUCACUUCAACAUUGAUGAGGACCCCAGAGUGACCAUGAGGCCCCACUCCGGUACGCUGGUGAUGGACAUCAGUAUGACGAGGGCUGAAAAUUACGAGGGGGUGUUUCAGUGCACGGCGAGGAACAACCAUGGAACCGCCAUUUCCAACAACAUAGUCGUGAGACAGUCGAGAUCUCCCUUGUGGUCAAAGGAAAAGAUGAGGCCGAUCGUGGUGCAGGAAGGUGUGUCCUUGGUGCUGCGGUGUCGACCCCCCGCCGGCCUUCCUCCCCCCAUUAUAUUCUGGAUGGACAAUAACUUUCAGAAGCUGCCUCAGAGCAAGCGGGUGUCCCAGUCCCUGAACGGCGACCUCUACUUCUCGAACGUUCUCCGAGAGGACUCCAGAAAUGACUACAUCUGCUACGCUCGCUUCACACACACACAAACCAUCCAGCAGAAACAACCCAUCACUGUCAGGGUCCUCAACCAGGCCCCAGUGGAUGAAAGGAAGCCAACCUUCCUCAUCCCAUCUGGCUCCUCCAGCUCCAUGAUGGUGCUGCGAGGACACGUUCUGGACAUGGAGUGCAUCGCUGAUGGACUUCCGACUCCUGAAGUAUCCUGGAGCAAAGUGAGCGGCGAUCUUCCGUCCAGGCGCACGUCCUUCCUGCACUUCAACAAGACCCUUCGCAUCGUGAACGUAUCCGAGUCAGAUGCAGGAGAUUACCGCUGCACAGCCAGGAACCAGCUUGGCUCUGUGCACCACGUCAUCAGUGUCGCCGUCAAAGCUGCCCCUUAUUGGAUCAGUGGCCCACCGAGGAACCUUGUUCUGUCUCCAGGAGAGAAUGGAGGGCUGACCUGCAGAGCCAGUGGAAUACCCAAACCCUUCAUCAUGUGGACCAUGAACGGCAUCCCCAUAGAGAAUUCACCUCCAGAUGCAGACAGAAAAGUGGAGGAUGACAUGAUCAUAUUCACCAAUGUCCAGACUGGCUCCAGCGCGGUGUACCAGUGUAAUGUUUCUAAUGAGUAUGGCUACCUCCUGUCCAACGCUUUCAUCAACGUCCUCUCGGAGCCGCCCAGAGUGAUGACACCACCCAACAAAAUCUACCAGGUCAUCAAAAACCACCCGGCCCUGUUGGACUGCUCUUCCUUUGGAUCACCCAUUCCAAAAAUUACAUGGUUCAAAGACACUCGCUCCAGCACCCUCGAUGGAGACCCUUACGUCCUGCAUGAGAACGGCACCAUCGAGAUUCCCGUAGCCCAAGCCCAAAACAGUGGAAAAUACACGUGUGUUGCCAGCAACUUACUGGGUAUCCAUGAGAAUCAUGUCUACCUGGAGGUCAAAGAACCCACACGAAUCCUAAAGCAGCCAGAGUACAAAACAGUCCAGCGGGGCAGGUCUGUGGUGUUUGAGUGCAUAGUAAACCAUGACAAAACCCUGUUUCCCACCAUGACCUGGCUCAAAGAUGAUGACGAGCUGCCUGAUGAAGAGAGAUUUAUUGUUGGCUCUGAUAGUCUGAGAAUCAUUGAUGUGACAGAGAGCGAUGCGGGGGUGUACACAUGCAUCAUGAACACCACUCUGGACCACGACUCAGCCUCCACCAAGCUCACUGUUGUUGAGGCCAUUCCAGAGAAACCCGACCCCCCCACUGACCUGGAGCUGACAGACCAGACGAAGAGAAGUGUUCAGCUCACUUGGACCCCGGGGGAUGAACAUAACAGUCCCAUUCAAAACUUUUUGAUCCAGUAUGAAGACUCACUGCAUCAUCGAGGCCAUUGGCACAACCUUACAGAGGUUCCUGGAACCAUGACAACAGCCCAUCUCAAACUUUCACCCUACGUUCACUACACCUUCAGAGUUUUUGCUCUGAACGCCGUCGGUCACAGCAACGCCAGCAGCCCCUCCAAAAAGUACAAAACCGACCCUGCAGCUCCGGAUGAGAACCCAGCAGGUGUGCAUGGAUUUGGAACUGAAAGUAACAACCUGGUCAUUUCCUGGAAGCCUCUGACCAGCCUCCAGUCUAACGGUCCUGGGCUUCACUACAAAGUGAGCUGGAGGCAGAAGAGACCGGGCGCUGAGUGGACGACAGAGACCGUGUCCAACAAUUCCAAGUUUGUCGUGUCUGGAACGCCCACAUUUUUUCCGUACGAGAUAAAAGUUCAGGCUGUGAACGACUACGGAGAGGGGCCGGAGCCGGCUGUUGUUCUCGGCUACUCAGGAGAGGACUUGCCGAUAGCAGCUCCAGACAACGUCCAGGCUGUUGUAAUAAACAGCACUCUGGCAAAGGUACACUGGGAUGCUGUGCCUCAUCAUUUACUGCGAGGACAUCUCAAAGGAUACAAGGUACAUUACUGGAAAAACCACAGCAGUCACAAACACAACCCUGACCACAUGGAGACCAACAUCCUUACCUUCAGUGGGGACCACAUCCACGGGAUGCUGCCUGGUCUGCACCCCUUCACUCCCUACUCGUUUUAUGUAGUGGUCUAUAACGGCAAAGGAGAGGGGCCCAAGAGUUCACUGCACCACUUCAAGACACCUGAGGGAGCCCCUGGCCCCCCUGCCUCUCUGGAAGUGACUGAUGCAAACCUGGACUCUCUGACUCUCGUCUGGACACCUCCUGUUGAACAUAAUGGGCACAUCACCGGCUACACCCUUAAAUAUCAGCCAGUCAAUAACUCCAAUGAGCUGGGCCCAGAGGAGGAGCUGGCGCUGGCCGCCAACCAGACCUCCAUCACUUUGCCCAACCUCAAGUACAGCAAACGCUACAAGUUUUUGUUGAGUGCCCAAACGAGCAGUGGAGUAGGCCCAGCUUCUUCUCAGGAAGCUGUCAUCCUCCUGGAUGAAGGAAAUACUCAAACCUCCCACCCUUUUGCAUGGCCUCCUCCUCGUCGUCCACUUCACAAGGCGAGGCCCGCGAGUCCUUUCGCUAACGUUAGCUACUCGCUUGAAGAAGACGGGGCUCUGAUCAGUUGGAAGAACUGGGGCCCAGAGAAAAACGUUUAUGUAGAAUACAUAACAGACAACAGUGAAGAGGAGUGGCAGAGAGAGCUCGUGAAUGGCUCUGAGAACGUUAAGCUGACUGGCUUAAAGGUCGGCCUCCCCUAUAGGGUGCGCGUGGUGGCCAUAGGUCACCGCGACCAGCCGCUCCACUCUGAAGAGCUUUUUGUCACGGUCCCAGCUGUGGCGAGCAGACAGGUGGACAUCGCCACUCAGGGAUGGUUCAUCUGCCUCAUGUGCGCCAUCGCACUGCUCAUCCUGAUUCUUCUCAUUAUCUGCUUCAUUCAGAGAAAUAAAGGAGGAAAAUAUCCCGUCAAAGAGAAAGAGGACGCACACACAGACCCUGAAUUCCAGCCAAUGAAAGACGAUGAGUGUACUUUUGUGGAAUACAGUGACAAUGAGGACCAUAAACCGUUAAAGGGGAGCCGCACACCGUCCAACGGCACAGUUAAGAGAGACGACAGUGACGACAGUUUAGUUGACUACGGGGAAGGAGGAGACGGACAGUUCAACGAAGACGGCUCCUUUAUUGGCCAGUAUAGUGGGAAGAGCUCCUGCAGGGACAAUGCUGAGGGCCCUGAGAGCUCGGAGGCCCCGUCUCCUAUAAAUACCAUGAACUCCUUGAACUCUUUUGUGUAGCUAAUUGGUGCUUGCAGAGCAGGAUGGUGUGCUGCACGGACUGCCUGCAUCCUCCUCAGUCCCAAACAUCUCCCCUUCCCCUGCGCUGCAUGGCUUCUUGAUCAUACACCCCGUCUGCAUUCGUACAUGAUCCAAGAAACAAAAAGAUCAUCGGAAGAUAUUUAUGCUUUCGCUUCUUUACAGAGAUGUUUGGAAACUGUUAUAGCACGGUGUAUGUGUUUUUUCUGUGCACGUGACCUUUGCUUAUUGAGCUCAGUUGAAGGCCAACAGGGAAUGCUGACAGCGCAGUAGCUUCCCAUAGUGCUGCUGCAGCAGUUUGUGCCUUUCCACACAAUCACUCAGUUUUUAAGACUCGUUUCUUUGAGUUCAUGUACCAGAACGGAGACAGUAAUGGGACUGCAGGUGUCACAUCCAAGAAGAUCCACCUGAGGACAUUUUGGACGGGAACUUUGAUUCCUCUGUGAAUUAUCACGCUCACGAUGAAUCAGCUCUAAACGUUGUUUUAAGCUUCUUACGGUGCACGAAAAGGUGAUUGAUGUUAUAUCUGCAGUGUAUUAAUGAAUGGAAACCUGAGUGUGUGUCAACAUGUGUGUGUGUCAGACAUCACUGUUUUCAGUUUUUAUUAGGCAGCAUUUGUUCAUAUGUACCAACUAACGCUGAGGGCCUUUGGGUGGGAUGAAGAUGUUCUUUUUUCUUAACUUGCAUCAAGUUUUAUUUUCUUAAGACCUUGUUGUAAAUACUUUGAUUGUACA